UGAAUAAUUUGUUCUGUUAUCACUGGACAGCUGUUAAUAUUUAUACAUGAUGCCAACAAGGACAUGGAAAGCCCUGCCUGACCAAUAUAAAUGGAGAGCUGGGAAAGGAUCAGAAGCCAGAAUCUCUCAACAAGAAGCAUCAAUGGAUUUCAGGAUGUAUCUUUUCUUCUGUGCUCUCUUCAUGUCUCUGAUGGAUGACCAUUGUAUCAGUGGCAAGGAGAGUGUUCUUCUUACAUCACUAGAGAAAACUGUAGAAAAGGGCCCUCUGGUGACAGUUGUCCAAAAUGAAGACCGUAAUGCAGCAGUGAACCAGACCAGAAACAAUCGACGUGAUAUUUUCUAUGAAACAAACCUGAAGUGGGUUUGGUUUUACCAAUCUGCUCCCAGUGGAGCAGUUUCAUUCUGGAAUAGCUAUGCUAACAGAUGGGAAUAUCCCUGCUGGGAAGGAGGAUGUGGAGCUGGUUACUACAGUCCAACCCGUGGUCCUUACUGUUACUAUGCUGAAAGCAAUCGAGAACACAGUACCACUAGUUUCAAGGUGUUGGUGAAUGAACAUGACUUUGAAUCAUUGAAAUGGCAAUCAGAUUCCAAUGGUAAUGUUCCACGUAAUUCAAUUGAUACUUGCCCGGGAGCAAAAGUCUAUGUGGGGAAAAAUCAAUAUGGCUUAGGAAAAGUAGUUGUCAAACACAGGUCUUUCUUCAUUGGAAGGAACGGUAAAGAAUACUGGUAUAAAAAGUAUGAUGUCUUGACCAUUUAUAAAGAUUAUCAAUCUCAGCAAAUCAACAACGUCAAGUACAUGAAAGAGCAGGGGAUAUAUAGCAACAAUGCCCUGACCUUGUUGACCACUAAAGUCAUCAACAAUAACUGUGACUCAGCAAAGAAGAUUACCACCUUAUCAAAAACUGUAUCCUUUGAACAUCGCUGGGAGGUUGGAGUUGCCCUUUCGCAGAGUGUGAGCAGUACUAUUACACUGGGGAUACCUGAAGUCAUUGGGACAUCAUGGGGUUUUUCAUCAGAGAAAACCUACAACUGGAAUAAAGGUUUCACGCAGACUGAAACGGUCACAUUUACUGAAACUGUAGAAAUUGACAUCCCGCCUAACCAGAGCUGUGAAGUGACAAUGGAGGGCAUAACAAUGAAGGCAAGAAUUCCCUUUACUGCCAGAGCAACUCGUUACUAUUAUAACGGAGAGAGUCGAAGUGCCACCGUCCAAGGGGUCAGCAAUAGUGAUGUUGUGGCACAAGUGCACACAGAAAUUAAGCGGUGCCAACCCAUCCCUGAUGCAGAGCCAUGCCUUUCAGAGGUCAGGGGCACAUAUUAAUAAUCCUCUAUGCUAUUCCCUAGCCAUUCAUUGUCCUGCACCAGAAAUCAAGAAAAUAAAAUAUUCCUCUGGGUAACAUAAAGGACAACAGAUGAGGGCUGAGCUUUGAUAUGAAAGAAUCUACUUAAUCCAAUAGAAGAAACAGUGAUUAUUCCUCUAUUCCAUCAUGCUACAAUAUAAACACGCUUCCCGAUUGUGAAUAAAUUUGCUUGGGAAUAAAUAUCAUAUAUUGCAAUGAGA